AUGUCCACGUCCCACUUCGCCGACGAGCCGAGCCAGCUCCCUCUCGACUACCUCCGCGGACUCACGUCCAUGAACAAGGACGUGUCGGUCGAUGAGCAGUACCGCGUCCUCCACGUCCGCAACCCGGACCGCUCCAAGGUCGCGUUGAUCUCCGGAGGGGGAUCGGGCCACGAGCCGGCGCACGCCGGGUUCGUUGGGUCGAACUCGCUCACCGCGGCAGUCGGAGGCAACAUCUUCGCGUCGCCCAACACCGCCCAGGUGCGCCGCGCGCUCGACAUUGUCAAGAACGAGAAGGGAACGCUGGUGAUCGUGAAGCGGUACACGGGCGACGUCCUGCACUUCGGAAUGGCUGGGGAGAGUGCGCAGCACGACGUCGAGUUCCUUAUUGUGGGCGAUGAUGUCGCUGUCGGCAAGACCCAGGGCAAGAUUGUCGGACGCCGUGGGCUGGCUGGCACGACGCUCGUGUACAAGGUUGCCGGACACCUUGCGGCGCAUGGUGCCGACCUCGCCGAGGUGAAGCGGAUCGCGGAGCUCGUGGCGGAGAACUGCGGGACAAUCGGGUCGUCGUUCGCGCACUGCCACGUUCCCGGCACUGCCAAGAGCGAGCCAACGCUCAAGGACGGCGAAAUCGAGAUCGGGAUGGGCAUCCACAACGAAAACGGCGUCAGCAAGACGACCCAGACGAACAAGGCCAGCCUCGUGGAGAACAUGGUCGAGAUGAUCACGAGCACGAGCGAUCCCGAGCGUUCGUUCGUCCCAUGGAAGGCUGGAGACAAGGCAGUCGUCAUGCUCAACAACCUCGGUGGGCUGAGCGAGCUGGAACUCGUCGGGCUUGUGCCGCACACCCUCGCGGCGCUGGCUAAGCGCCAGAUCGAGGUUGUUCGCCUCUUCGUCGGAACGUUCAUGAGCUCGCUUGACAUGCCGGGCUUCAGCAUCACGGCCCUCCGCCUUCCCGAGACUGACGCCGACACGAUCCUGGCGGGCAUCGACGCGACGUCCAGCGCGCCCGGCUGGCGGCCUGCCACCGUGCCCGUGCUUAAUCCCGAGCCCACGCCCGCCUCGGCAGGUAAGGCUGAGAAGGUGGAGGCUUCUGGUCUCACUUCCUCGGACCUGUUCAUCACAGCGAUCCGCGCGGGUUGCCAGAACGUUAUCGCGGCCGAGCCCGACAUUACGCGCUACGAUGUGAUCGCUGGAGACGGUGACUGUGGUCUCACCCUCAAGGCGGGCGCCGAGGCGAUUCUCGCCGCGAUCGACGCGGGCAAGAUUACUCCCAAGGACGUCGUGAACUCCAUUCGCACGGUGUCCGAGAUCGUGGAGAACGACAUGGGUGGAACAUCGGGAGCGUUGUACGCCAUCUUCUUCUCGGCACUCGCCAAGGCACUUGCAGUCGCCCCCAAAGGCGAGGCUACAGCGGACACGUGGGCCAAGGCGGCCAAGUCGGCGCUCGACGUGCUGUACGGGUACACGCGUGCGCGUCCGCCCUCGCGCACGCUCAUGGACCCGCUCGUUGUGUUCAUCGACGCUCUCCCCAAGAGUGGCCUCGCCAAGGCGGCAGAGGAGGCCAAGGUGGCGGCGACCGAGACUGCCAACCUGCAGGCUGCUGCGGGACGAGCUGCAUAUGUCGACCAGGAGGCACUCAAGAAGGAGGCUGUACCGGACCCAGGUGCGUGGGGCCUGGCGCUCCUCUUCUCCGGCUUUGCUAGCGCUGCAAGCGCGUGA